AUGGGCAGCGCAAAGCCAAAGGUGAAGGCGGGCAAGUCCAAAGCUGGCGGCGCAUCAACCUUUUUUGAAGAUCCUGCACCGGCCUCACGGUUCAAGUUCGACGAGUCGCGAGAUGAUGCCGAUACUUCCAGUGACGAUGACGUUCUAGAAAAGGAUGAGGUGGAGCAAAAGCUCGAGAAACUGCUUUUUGGUGAUGAGGAGGGCUUUCAAGCCGGGCUGAAAAGCCAUGGCGGGCAGCAAACAAUGGACCUCGUGAUGCGGAGUGACGGAGAAGGGGAGGAUGGCGACGCAGUUGAAGAAGAUAAGGAGAAUCUGGAAAAUGUUGCUGAUGAUGAUCUUUUCUUCUUCGACUCCGGCGCAGCAGAAGGCCCCGGAGUCUUGAUAUCGCAGCCUGAAACACCUCAUUCGGACGAAGAUCGAGACGAAUUGGAUCAUACAUAUGAACCUGCGAUCUGGGCGGAUAGCGACGAUGAGCGUAUGGCGGUAUCACUAGCGGGGCAUCAGCGACUGAGGAAACUCCGGAUCACCGAGUCAGAAGAUAUUGUGAGCGGUACAGACUACAUAAGAAGACUACGAAGGCAAUAUGUGCGGCUUCAUCCUACGCCAGACUGGGCAACCCAAGAUCCCAAUAAGAAACGCAGGAAGCGUGCUAGCAGUCUUGACUCUCAGGAGAGCGUUUCCAGUGGUGUGGAUGAGAUGGAUACAGACGGUGAGACUGAAUUGUCGGUGCAACCACUUGCCAAACUGCUUCAAGGCGCUAGUGACUUGAUCCGAGGAAGCGAAGAUAACAAGAAUGGCGAACGACCAAAGCUGCGGCAGGAGGUUAUAGGCAUUGAGCGAUUGAAAGACGUCGGGGGCGUUCAGCCGUCUGCCAUUGACUCCUUGACUUUCCACCCCCAUCACCCACUCCUCCUCUCCUCAGGUCCCGCGUCAACGUUAUGGCUGCAUCACAUUUCGCCCAAUGCACCAUCCCCAAACACUCUUCUCACAUCUCUCCAACUCCGCAAAACGCCCAUCUACACAUCUGCAUUUGCGCCGCCUACUGGAAACCGGAUUUAUGCUGCCAGUCGACGUCGUUAUUAUCAUGUCUGGGAUCUAGACUCUGGUAAGAUUGAGAAGAUCAAUGCCCCGGCAGACCGUAAAGAAGAGCAAAAAUCCAUGGAGAAAUUCAGACUGUCCCCAUGUGGAAGAUACGUCGGGUUCGUCGGCACAGGCAGUACAGGCGGCGGCAUGAUCAAUGUGUAUGAUGCGACGACCGCACAAUGGAUCGCACAGGUCCGGGUCGAUGGUCGUGGGGGUGUGGCAGACUUUGCAUGGUGGCAAGAUGGCAAUGGUAUGGUUGUUGCCAGCACUAAUGGCGAGGUUUCGGAAUGGGAUAUUCGGCUUCGUCGCGUCGUUGCGCGAUGGACGGAUGCCGGUGCAAUUGGCACCACUAUUAUUGCUCUAGGAGGUCAAUCAGGUCGUCCACAACUAGGAGGAGAUCGGUGGGUUGCUAUCGGCAGCACCAGUGGAAUUGUCAAUGUGUAUGAUCGGAAACCAUGGCAAGGUGUGGCGCGUGAUGCCGAGCAGUCGAAGAAGAUGGACAUCCAAGACGCUAUCCCCAGCAAUCCGACGCCGGUCCGCGCGCUUGACCAGCUCGUCACUGGGAUCUCGAGUCUCGUCUUCGCUCCGGAUGGGCAGUUCAUGGUCAUGGCUAGUCGGUUCAAACGAGACGCAUUGCGAAUUGUUCAUUUGCCGUCAUGUACUGUCUAUCGUAAUUGGCCUACGUCUAAUACACCUCUUGGGCGAAUUUCUUCGGUUGCUAUCUCGCCCCAGUCGAACUACCUAGCGGUUGCAAACCAGCAGGGAAAGAUUCGUUUGUGGGAGAUCUAUGGUUAA